AAAAAAAAACGCGUAAAAUCUCUUUCUCAUUCUCUUCCGUUUUCCGCUUCUCUCUAUAAAUAAAAUAGAGAAAAAAACAAACCAAAAAGAUCAGAAUUCUCGUUUUCUUGAUUGCUUUUCCAUUUUCAGGGAAUUCCUAUGUGAAGUAGAAAAAGAAAAAAGAAAAAACAGCUGAUGAUUCGAUCCGUUUCUGUUUUGGAUGUAUAUAUGACCGAGUUCGUUCAUUGUGAUUACUUCAGUUUCUGAGAAAGGGGGAUCUCACAUGAACUUCAAGAACAUGACCGGCGGCAACGACGGCGGCGGGAGGCCGCCGUCCGUCAAUCUACCGUCGCUUGCCCGGCAGCCAUCCGUCUACUCGCUGACGUUCGACGAGAUCCAGAACACUCUCGGCGGGGCCGGCAAGGACUUCGGAUCAAUGAACAUGGACGAUUUCCUCAAGAGCAUCUGGACCGCCGAAGAGACGCAGGCGAUGGCGGCCGCGUUUGGCACGGUAGAUGGUGAGGCUGCCUCUGUUGUCGGUGGCAUGCCCCUGCAGAGGCAGGGUUCGUUGACGUUGCCGCGGACGCUGAGUCAGAAGACGGUGGACGAGGUCUGGAGAGACGUUUUCAGAGAAGGCGGCGGCAAGGAUGGGAAUGCGAAUUUGGGGGCGAAUCUACAGCAGCGGCAGCAGACGCGUGGGGAGAUAACUUUGGAGGAGUUCUUGGUGAGAGCUGGGGUGGUUAGAGAAGAUAUUCAACAGACGCCGGCAGUUAGGCUGAAUGAUAGCGGGUUUUAUGGAGAAUUGCCGCGUUCAAAUAACAACGCUGGUUUGGGUCUUGUGUUCCAGCAGCCAGGCCGGUCGAACGGGAUUGUGGGAAAUCGGGGUCCGGAGAAUUAUCAUCAGAUUCCUCCUAAUCAAUCACCUAAUCUGGCGAUGAAUGCAAAUGGGAUCAGAACUUCUCAGCAUCAGCUCUUUCAAAAGCAGUCUAACCCGGGUUAUGCAUCUUCUAUACAAGUAGGGAACAACGUUGAGUCAGGUAAUCAGGGUAUGCGGAGUGGAAUCAUGGGACUCAGUGGUCCAACGGUGAACAAUGGCUUUGUGCAGAGUGGUGGUGGUGGUGGGGCGCAAGGAGGAGGGGGGAUGGGUAUGGUAGGCUUAGGAGCGGGCGGGGUCACAGUUGUGAUGGAGUCUCCCGGGAACCAGCUUUCAUCAGAUGGGCUUGGGAAGGGCAAUGGGGACACGUCAUCGUUGUCGCCUGUUCCGUAUGCAUUUAAUGGAGGCAUUAGGGCAAGGAAAUGCAGUGGGGCGGUGGAGAAGGUCGUCGAGAGGAGGCAGAGGCGGAUGAUUAAAAAUAGAGAAUCAGCUGCAAGGUCACGGGCUCGUAAGCAGGCUUAUACCAUGGAACUGGAGGCUGAAGUUGCAAAACUUAAAGAGGAGAACAAUGAAUUACAGAAGAAACAGUUGCUGCAGGCACAAAUUAUGGAAAUGCAGAAAAAUCAGCCAUCAAGACGAGUCCAAUUUCAACACGGGCCACUCCAAUCAGAUGACACAUGGGGCCUGCUCUUGGACCCGGGAUGCUUCUCUUCUACUCAUCAGGUUCUUGAGAUGAUCAAUCAGCAAUGCGGGCCCAAGAAGCGAUGCUUGAGAAGGACCCUGACGGGGCCUUGGUAGAGUACAGAUCACGACGUGAGAGGGCCAGGACAUUCAGGGUGUCACAGGCCUGAUGGGAUGGCCCGAAUCACAUACGGUGCCAUUUUGGCGGAUGGAAAUUUGAUACGCAGGCAGAGUACGGUGGAUCUGACUCGUGACACACAUCCACCGCACAUGUGCAGUGAAUGCAGGCCAUCUAAGUUUUACGAUGGAGUCUUAUGUAGGCAAUAGAAGAGGAUGGUGGAUUGGACUGUCCGUACUGGUUAGCAGAUGGGACAUGACCCACAAACCACAUUGGACGAUCUUAGCCUUAUAACCUGGAAUAUGGAAAGAGAGAAUUCAACACUAAAAGGUCGGCUGGUUAAACUCGCCUGAUCGUAGUGGAGUGCCUUUGGGCCGUUCACCGUCAGCAAUGGGCCCACAUUGAUGCAAGGGCAUCACAUGCAGAGUGACUACGUGCAAGAGCAUGAUCCACAUGCUCUUCCACAGUAUAACUCCUCACAGAUUCAAAUCGAACCGUCGCCAUCCCAUCCGGUUAGAUUCUCAUGUCGCAUCCACCUAAUCUCUUGACUCCAUCUAACAUCUUGCCCUUCAACUGGAGUAAUUUCUGUCAUUUCCACUUGUCUUUCGCGAGAGCAUCACAGCACCCUAUUCUCCCUUCGCCUUCACAGCUCUUCGUGCGUGGGCCCACCAUUAUGCUAUUGUGAAGUCCAUUCUAUCCAUCAGUUGCUGCAUCUCAUGUUAGGAUAAAACAAAGGGGAAUGAGGGAAUGGCAAGGAAAGUGGGAGGAGCCGAAAUCCAGAUUUGCUUCUGCGCAAGGGAGCAUCAACAGAUGCAAGGAGCAAUGAAAAGAUACAUAUUUGUACGUUAAAAUCGAUUCCGAGUUGUGGAGCCCAGUCGUGAAUGGAGCAUGGCCCAGAAUAUGCAACUUUGCAUUUUAAAUUUGGAUUGUUGAA